UGUAUGUCAACUUAUUUAUUUUGCUAGUGUCAAUAAAUUCCGACAUGGAAAAUAAAGAAGAAAUUGAUGAAACCGAAGAAAAGCCUUCGGAACCUUUCAAAAAACCGAUUUUAAUCGGCAAAGUUGGUCGUUUGCCCAAGAAGAUAACUGAAAAGCAUGAAAUAACAAAUGUACCAGAAAUCAAUGAAGAAAUUACUGAAAAAUUAGAGCCAAGUAGCGAACUGGUUGUUAAAACACCAGCUGAACAAAUAAAUGAAAACAACAUUCCUAUUCCAUACAAAGAACCAUCUUGGUCUGGAUUACCUACAGAUGUUCAAAGUGAUUACAAAUUCGAGAUUUUAAAAAAUGGCAUAAUAAUUGAAACAGUUAAUUUAAUGGAGAAGCCCUAUUGGGUUAUGGGUCGUUUGGGUACUUGCGAUAUAUUAAUGCAGCAUCCAACAAUUUCACGGUUUCAUGCUGUGAUUCAAUACAAAAGUACAGCUUCAGACAAAGAGGGGGUUGGCUUUUAUAUUUACGAUUUGGGCAGUACACAUGGCACGUUUUUAAACAAAAAUAAACUAAAACCCAGAGUUUAUGUUAGAAUACAGGUUGGGCACAUGUUGAAGUUGGGUUGUAGCACGCGUACUUUUAUAUUAACAGGGCCCGACAACGAUGCUGAGAAAGAAUCUGAACUUACAGUUACCGAAUUAAAAUUAAAGAGAGCUGAAGAACUUAAAAGACGGGCGGAGGAAGAACGAGAAGCUGCCUUAAAAGCGGAAAUGGAAGAAGCAAUCAGAAGAAAGAAGGAGGAAGAAAGGGGAGUCGAUUGGGGAUUAGGUGAGGAUGCUGAAGAAGAAUCGGAGUUAACAGAAAACCCAUACGCCCAAACAAACAACGAGGAACUUUAUUUGGACGAUCCCAAAAAAGCCCUGCGCGGUUUUUUCGAAAGGGAGGGUUUGGAUUUGGAGUACAGUUGCGAGGAACAAGGCAUGGGUCAAUUUUUGUGCAAAGUCGAGCUACCCGUGGACGACGACAUGGGUAGGCCGAUUUUCGCAGAGGUCUUGCACAAGGGUAAGAAGAAAGAAGCCGUCAUUCAGUGCGCGUUGGAAGCUUGCAGGAUAUUGGAUCGGCAUGGGGUUUUGCGGCAAGCAGUGCACGAAUCGCGUAAGCGCAAAGCCAAAAAUUGGGAAGAUAACGAUUAUUACGAUAGUGACGAUGACACAUUUUUGGAUAGAACUGGUGCUAUUGAAAAGAAGAGAGAAAUGAGAAUGAAUGCCAAGGCUCAACCUAAAGCAGAAACAUAUGAUUCUUUGUUGGAAAAAGAAAAGACCCUAAGCAAAUCGAUAUCAGAUCUGGAAUCCCAACUGCACAGUGCGCACGCAGCGUUAAAAAAACAGGAAGAUAUAAACAGCGAUGCAGACUCGCUGGACUCCUUCAUGCAAGAACUUAAACAGUCAAAACCCGAUAAACAAGCGAUAAAUAAACUGAAAACCGAACUUACCAAGCUUAAAGGCGAACACGCGAACGUGAUAAGGCUGGCGAACAUCGCUAAGCCGGCAAGUUUGCCUCCUCUGGUGCCACAGUACACUUUCGGACCCAGUACGAGCAAAGAUGCCGCCAAAACUUUGCCCAUGUUCGGAAAGAGAAAGAAAAUCAAGGUGCAACUGCCCGCCAAACCGACCACCGCGCAAUCAAUGGAAUGCGAAGACGGCGAAGAGGAAGAAGAAACUGAAUCGGAACCCACUUCCACAAAAUCUGCAGAACCCACAACCACGAAAACUGCGGAACCCACAGCCGCUCCAGUUACUGAAGCUGUUAGUAGUACUGAAAGCGUAGGAGGCGCCUCGAAUGUUAGCGUAGCCGACUCGGAUUCGGUCAACAGUGACAUGAGCAGCGACGAUGAAAAUGCCGACUCCACGCCUUGCACGAUGCAUAACAAAAUGACAUUCAGAAAAUUUGAAAUGUUGCUCAAGAAAGGGCUUCCGCCUUUUGCAGGUUCGUUUAUACCAGAGUUAGAUAAGUAUCAAGGACAAUUCACGAAAAUAUUGGACAAACUCAAAAAAUUAGCAGCCAAUGAAGACAGAAUGCAUGCUGACUGGAAAAUGCUGGCCGCCAAAAAGAGAAAAGUAAUGAAGUUAAUUUCCGAUUUAGACACUGAACCCAACGAUAAAUUAGAACAUAAAGUGUCAUCGGAACUAAAUAGAAUACUGUCGGAACUUAACGCAAUGACCGAACAAAAAUACAAAGUCAUAGGCCAGGUGAAGCAAAUGGGCAACGACAUAAAAAUUAUGUCAGAAGCCAUAAAUAACGACUACAAAAAAUACAGGUUGUCCAAACAACAAGAACAACCGUCAUCUUCCAAAGAUAGUGAUAAUUCAGCUGGAUCCAGCAAUAAGGAAGAUAAACAUGAAACUGAUGAUAAGAAGAAAAAGAAAAACCAAAGGCGUAUUCAUCAGCGUCAAGAAAGGGCUGAAAUUGAAAAACAAAAAGGCUACGAAGAAGAUGCUUCCAGAGAUGAUUAUUCCAUGUGGGUUCCUCCAGAAAAUCAGUCUGGAGAUGGGAGGACAAGUCUAAAUGAUCGGUUGGGAUAUUAAGUUUUUAAAUAUGUAUGUAUGCUUAGUUUUGUAAGUAAUAAACACCUAAAAUAAAGUUUUAAACAUU